GCCCCGGCUCUUCCGCUGCUCCGGCUCUGGCUCUCCCUUGAACAGCUCCUGGAGAGAACAAGGCGUGCGGAGCUCGGAUCACCAGCAUCAUGCUCCUCGGGCUUGGAUCGUAGAUCCCCCUCUUUGAACACUGAAACAACUCCUUCGUCUUUCAGCGUCCCGAGCAGACCCAGCGAGACAACAAGCACGUGAGAGAGAGAGGAAAGAAAGAGGAGGAAGACGAAAAUCUGCAACCGAGGGGACUGAAGCAGAGAAAAAGAGUGCUUUGCUUGCACUGCUGCGAAGUGGGAAUUUAAAGAGCUGCAGAGAGAGAGAAAUUCCAGCUCAUCAGCACAUACACCUUGCAGAAUUACAGAUCCAGGUAGAAAUGACAUCAACAGGGAAAGAAGGCAGCGGAGCUCAACAUGCACAAUAUGUUGGACCCUAUCGUUUGGAGAAAACCCUAGGAAAAGGACAGACAGGGCUUGUGAAGUUGGGGGUUCACUGUGUCACAUGUCAGAAGGUCGCGAUAAAAAUUGUCAACAGAGAGAAGCUCAGUGAGUCGGUGCUAAUGAAGGUGGAGCGGGAAAUAGCCAUCCUGAAGUUGAUAGAACAUCCCCAUGUUUUAAAGCUGCAUGAUGUUUACGAAAAUAAAAAAUAUUUGUAUUUGGUGCUAGAACAUGUGUCAGGUGGGGAGCUCUUCGACUAUCUCGUAAAAAAGGGAAGAUUGACACCAAAAGAAGCCAGGAAGUUCUUCCGACAAAUCAUCUCUGCUUUAGACUUCUGCCAUAGUCAUUCAAUAUGCCACAGGGACUUAAAACCAGAAAACCUACUGCUGGAUGAAAAGAACAAUAUCCGGAUAGCAGACUUCGGGAUGGCAUCGCUGCAGGUUGGGGACAGCUUGUUAGAAACCAGUUGUGGAUCACCACAUUAUGCUUGUCCUGAAGUCAUCCGGGGAGAAAAAUAUGAUGGAAGGAAAGCAGACGUCUGGAGCUGUGGAGUCAUUUUGUUUGCGUUGCUAGUGGGUGCCCUGCCUUUCGAUGACGACAACUUGCGGCAACUUCUGGAGAAGGUGAAGCGUGGAGUGUUCCACAUGCCCCAUUUUAUCCCCCCCGACUGUCAGAACCUUUUGCGGGGGAUGAUUGAAGUGGAUGCCUCGAAACGUCUCACGCUAGAACAUAUUCAGAAACACAUAUGGUAUAUAGGGGGUAAGAAUGAGCCAGAACCAGAGCAACCAAUCCCUCGAAAGGUGCAGAUUCGUUCUCUGCCUUCCUUGGAGGAUAUUGAUCCAGACGUGUUAGAUAGCAUGCACUCGUUAGGCUGCUUCCGUGACCGAAAUAAACUCUUACAGGACUUGUUGUCGGAAGAAGAAAACCAAGAAAAAAUGAUUUAUUUUCUUCUGCUUGACCGGAAGGAGAGGUAUCCUAGUCAUGAAGAUGAGGAUCUUCCCCCUAGAAAUGAAAUAGAUCCCCCCAGGAAGCGCGUGGACUCCCCAAUGCUGAACAGGCACGGCAAGCGGCGGCCAGAGAGGAAGUCCAUGGAGGUUCUCAGCGUGACAGAUGGUGGAUCCCCAGUUCCUGCUCGCAGAGCUAUUGAAAUGGCACAGCAUGGACAGAGUAAAACAAUGUUCAGUAAAAGCCUGGAUAUCUCUGAAGCCAAUCCCAAAUUCAACAAAGAAGAAAGGAUGGCGAGUGCUGAUCCAUUGGGGUCUCGGUCAAUCAGCGGAGCAUCGUCUGGGCUCUCCACCAGUCCUCUCAGCAGUCCAAGGGUCACCCCUCACCCCUCUCCAAGGGGAAGUCCCCUCCCUACCCCCAAGGGGACACCUGUUCAUACGCCAAAGGAGAGCCCAGCAGGCACACCCAACCCAACACCACCAUCCAGCCCCAGCAUUGGAGGAAUGCCUUGGAGGACACGGCUCAACUCCAUCAAGAAUAGUUUCCUGGGGUCUCCUCGCUUCCAUCGUCGGAAAUUACAAGUACCUACACCAGAAGAGAUGUCUAAUUUAACCCCAGAAUCAUCCCCAGAGCUUGCCAAAAAAUCCUGGUUCGGUAACUUCAUCAACUUGGAGAAAGAAGAACAGAUUUUUGUGGUCAUUAAGGACAAACCAUUAAGCUCCAUUAAGGCUGAUAUAGUCCACGCUUUCCUCUCGAUCCCAAGUCUCAGUCACAGUGUCAUCUCACAGACAAGUUUCCGUGCAGAAUAUAAGUCCACAGGAGGUCCUGCUGUCUUCCAGAAGCCAGUGAAGUUCCAGGUGGACAUAACAUACACAGAAGGGGGAGAGGCGCAAAAAGAGAACGGGAUCUACUCUGUCACUUUCACACUCUUAUCAGGUCCAAGCCGUCGCUUUAAGAGGGUAGUAGAAACCAUUCAGGCACAGUUAUUAAGCACACAUGACCAGCCUUCAGUGCAGCAGUUAUCAGACACCACUAACUGUAUGGAGUUGAUGACUGGCAGACUUUCCAAAUGUGGGGAAAGAAGACCUUAGUCUGUGCAUGAAACACCAGGGAUGUUCUGAAGAAUCACUGAGCCAAACCUUCAUCCCUGUCCAGAGGAAAUGGGAUGUCAUCUCACUUUCUGAAAUGAGAAAGGCAGCCUUUUUGAGGCCCCUUGAUGGACUCACAGGUGUAAGAGCCUAUGACACAGCUUGCACUGAACGCUAGGCAUGGAAGAUUGCUGAAAAACUUAUUCUAAUCCAUCAUCGCCUGCAUUUUCAAGUCUUGUUUUACUGGAUUUAUAACCUCAAAGGGAACUGAGAACUAACAGGAACAACGCCCUGCACCAUUUUCAUGCUUCCUGCAUAGCUGACCCAUUCUUGGGUAUCUCCAGAGUAAAAGUGUGAGGACUCCUUGUCUCUCCAAAGAGCAGUGCGAACACCAGCCCAGCAUCAGUUUUUCCUUGACUACCAGGACAGGAGGGCAUUAUUACCUACUAUUUAAUUACAAGUACAAAAGGCAAAGGAAGGAAAGGGUUAGUGAAAUGGCCUAUUUUAGUUUUCAGUAGCUCUCUAAACAUCCCUAAGGAUUUUCUUACCUCCCAUUAAAAUUUUAACUAAAAAAUGAUGCUUGUAAGGAAUCCAGCAGUGAUACAGGCAAAGAAAAGUAGACUGUUAAAUACUUUUGCUGCAAUAAAUCUCCAGGCACUUGAAAGCCGGUAGGGCAUGGGGAGGAGAAAGGGUGGAUGAAACAUGGGCUGCAUAUUUUAGUAGGAUGACUAAGAAGUCCUGUAUCAGGACUCAGCAAAUACAAGAUGUAUAAUUUCUAAAGUGUUUUAUUGUUUCAUUCUUGCAAGUUGUACUUUUGUCACUGUUCCUGUCUAUAUGAAAACAAAUAACUUUCCCAGUUCCUGCAGAGCCCUGCUUACUCUGCCCUCAUCUUUCCCUUUAAGCUUGUUAAAUAAACUGCUCAGCUGAAUAACUAGAGAUAUUCCCCUACUCUUUUCUCCCAACCCAGCAGUCUUUUCCUCUCCAGCAUUUUUUUCAGUGCUCUUUUUCAUUCUCUCUGCUGACUCCAUUUGCUUAUGAAGAUGAGGGGUCCAAAGCCACCUGAGAACCAGAUCUGCCCACAUUCCUGCAUUCAAGGCUGAGUGUUUGCUUUCCUUUUUCUCUUUUCAUUGAAAAAUGGUAUCCACUUAAAAGAAGUAUAAAUGAGUCUGAGUAGAUAAAAAUGAGUCUGUGCAAUGUGUGUGCCCACGAACCUAAAACAGCUUUAUGGAGGCUUAGGGAAAUCUCUCAUGUAGAAGUCAUAGAUGUGGAAGAGAUAUCCCCUUUCCCAAGCAUUUGCAUGCAUGUGGAAGGGAGCAGGUGGAGCUCAGGGAGGCCUGAGCCCAAAGUGACUGAGUUUAGUGAAAGCCAUUCUCUUUGUUGGAAAUUGAGAUAUGUGCUUUGCCUGGUUGGUUGUUUGUGCCCGUCACUAAGGCUUCAGUCAGUUGGGUGAAUGAUGCCCUUCCAGAAACUCACAGCCUAUUGCUUUUAGCUUUAGUGUAAUUGAGUGACAGAACCAGGGCAAGCAGAACAUUAAGCACAAGGUAGCAGGCACAGGAAGUCAAGAAAUUAAUUAGAUUAAUAAGAUUCUUCACUGUUUUUACCAGCCAUUUGAUUUUUCUGAAUGCCCGUUAACAAGCAGGGGAAAGCAGCCACUACCUGGUUAGCAUAGGGCAGGCAAAAAAGAGUAAUACAUUCAGUUUUGCAAAGCACAAAUACUCUGCAUUUCCUCUUUCUCUAUGUAAGACAAUGAUGUCUGUCUCACAUUUUCCAUUAGAGAAUAAGAAAGUACUCAAGAAGCUCUUCAGUUGAAUUGCUGUGCACAGAAAGUACUUCCUGUUGUAGUUACUGGGUUGCUUAUGUUUGGAAUUAAAGUGAAGUGCAUUAUGACCAAGUCACCAGUGUCCACCAGUCUGUGCAAUGAGGGAGCCCCUUUGCUCCUGGCAGAAUGUUCCCAUCUUGGGGAUGAAGGGUUCCACUCUUCACAGCAUUCUACCACAUUGGAAGGCAGAUACAUGGGGCCCAUUUCCUUCCAGGAGCUAGAGAUAGAAAUUAUUUUAAUUUGAUAGAACUGUAGAGCCAACAGUCCCAUUAUUGAGAAAACCAUCAUGGGGUUUUAAUGAUCAUGAACAGGCAUCACUUCCAUUGUGUACAUCAGGUAAAAAACACCAUCAAUAUCCAUGUUCAAAGAGUUUAGUGUGACCCCUCCUAUGUUUGAUAAAGAUUAAUCCCCCAAUCCAAGAAAAUGAAAGGGGACUAGAAAUUCCCAAAAAAAGGCUACCUUUCCAGAAGCAGCUGGUCCCUUUCCCUCAGUAGUCCCCCAGAGCCUUUCCUCAAGUGUGACCUUCCGCACACCCUCUAACACAGAAGUAGAUUAAGAGCAUAUAACUGUGCUUCCUGGAGGCCCAGGUGGCACAAAAGGCUGUAUUCAUGUGCCCAGUCCUUGUUAACACUGCAGCCUGAUCUAGGGGCUGGCUGAAGGAGAUGGCUGUUCCAGUAGCACCCCGCUCUGCCUCCCUCUCUGGCUCCUAACUGCACUGGAAUGCAUGCCAGUGCCGUGGAGGCUGUGCUGUGGAGAGAGCAUAAAUUCAGGACAGUGAGGUAGUAGGUCUUGACCCUGCCAGAAACAGGCAGAUGUAUAACAGCCUGUUUCCACAUUCAGCAUCUUCAUUUCCAGGUACCUGUUUAGGGAGGAUCUGAAGGUGCUUAGAAGCCUGGGAUUGCAAACCACAGACCUCACACGCAGAUGGCAACACCCAUCUCAGCCAUAGCUCAUUUUCCAAAUGAUAUUUCCCUGGGACCACUCAGGUGCUUCAGGCUUAGUCAUGACAGAGUGGCAAGGAGAAACUCAGAACAAAAUAAAAUGCAAGUAAGGAAAGCCUGAUGCCUGUGUAGACAGAGACCUUAGCGAGGCUGCAAAGUAAAGCAUCAAUGGACAGCCACAUGGAAAUACCCCGUGUUUGUAACAGCAGGAGUAGGAUGGGGUUUGCCUGUGUCCAGCAUUACAGUCACUGACAUUUCCAUGUGGAGUGACCAAGAGAAUCCUAGUAAUGGACUGACCUAUUUCAGUCACGUGGUGCUGUGUCCUCUUGCCAGGUGAGACAGCAGUGUUUCCCCACUAAGGAAAAAACUAGGACCUUCCCCCUAGGUGCUUUAUGCUCCCAGGUUCUUUAUUUCUGUAGGUGUCCCAUCCUAAACACUCUUCCUCUUCCUGCUCAUUGUCUUCAUCCCCCACACACCCCCACGCACGUGGCUCUGGAUCUCCUCAUCAUGUUCUUCUCGUUAAAAACCCCAUUGUUCAUUUGUUUGUUUGUUCUCUCUCUUUCUCUUCUCUUUUUCUCUCUCUUUCCCUCUCGUUUGUUUUUUUUUUUCCUUCUUUCUUUCUUUCUUUUUUUGUCUCCUC